AUGUUUUUUUCCCGAGUAGGCGGCCUGGGAAGCCAGCAUCUGCUGUUUUCAUUGAUGCUCUGUACAGUCUGCAGGGUAGGGAGCAGCCAGGUCCAUUACUCCGUGCUGGAGGAAGCAAAACACGGUACGUUUGUGGGGCGAAUCGCCCAGGACUUGGGUCUGGAGGUUGGGGAACUGGUGUCUAAACUGUUCCGGGUGGUGUCCAAGGGCCGCAGGGACUACCUGGAGGUAAACGGACAGAAUGGCAUUUUGUUUGUGAAUUCUCGGAUCGACCGUGAGGAGCUGUGCGGCCGCAGUCCCGUUUGUAGCAUCCACCUGGAGGUGAUCGUGGACAAACCGCUGCAGGUUUUCCAUGUGGAGGUGGAGAUCAAGGACAUUAAUGACAACCCGCCAGUGUUCCCAGUGAAAGAACAAAAGCUGUUUAUACCAGAAUCCAGGUUGCCAGACUCUAGGUUUCCGCUAGAGGGUGCAUCUGACCCAGAUAUUGGGACUAACGCCUUGCUUACCUAUUCUCUCAGCACCAAUGAUUACUUCAUUCUAGAUGUGAAAUCAAAAAGCGAGCAAGACAAAUUGGUUGAGUUGGUAUUGAGGAAACCUCUGGACCGAGAAGAAGUUCCUGAGCAUCGCUUAAUACUGACAGCCACAGAUGGGGGCAAACCAGAGCUCACAGGCACAGUACAGCUGCUUAUCACUAUUAUCGUAUUAGAUGUGAAUGAUAACGCUCCAAAAUUUGACAAAAAAGUCUAUAAAGUUAGAUUAGCCGAAAAUUCACUCAAUGGAACAAUAGUAUUGAAAGUAACCGCCUCAGAUACGGACGAAGGAACAAACGGCCUAAUUAUUUAUUCUUUUGCAAAUAAUGUUCCCCCAAAUGUACUGUCUAAGUUCGCAAUAGAUCCAUUGGAUGGAGACGUUAGAGUGAUUGGACACAUAGAUUUCGAAGAAAGUAAAUCAUAUCAAAUCCAGGUAGAGGCGACUGAUAAAGGAAUUCCCAAGAUGGUGGGUCACUGCAUGAUCUUGGUCGAAGUAAUGGACACCAAUGAUAAUGCCCCCGAAGUGACAGUGAAGUGGCUGUCGCUUCCAGUUCCAGAAGAUUCUCCAUCAGGAACAGUUAUCGCUCUAGUCAGCGUGUCUGACAGAGACUCUGGGGCCAAUGGGCAGGUGACUUGCUCGUUGUCGCCACCUGGGCCUUUCACGUUGGUUUCCACUUUCAGAAAUUACUAUUCACUAGUACUAGAGGGUUCUGUGGACCGCGAGAGCGUGCCUGCCUAUGAGCUAGUGGUGACUGCGAGGGACGGCGGGUCACCAGCGCUUUGGGCGACAGCCAGCGUGUCGGUGGCCAUUGCUGAUGUGAAUGACAAUGCACCUGCCUUCGAUCAGCCUGUGUACACUGUGUUUGUGAAGGAGAAUAACCCUCCAGGCUGUCACAUCUUCACAGUGUCAGCGUCUGACCCGGAUGUGCAAGAGAACUCGCUAGUAUCUUAUUCGUUAGUAGAGAGACGGAUUGGGGAGCGUCCACUGUCUAGCUAUGUGUCAGUGCACUCGGAGAGCGGGAAAGUGUACGCCUUGCAACCCUUGGACCACGAGGAGCUGGAGUUGCUUCAGUUCCAGGUGAGCGCCCGCGACGCGGGCUUCCCACCCUUGGGCAGUAACGUGAGCCUGCAGGUAUUUGUAUUGGACGAGAACGACAACGCACCGGUAGUGCUCCCGCCUCACGCUGGGAUCAGCCCAGUGACAGAGCUGGUGUCACUGUCAGUAACUGUGGGCCAUGUGGUGGCGAAGAUCCGGGCAGUGGAUGCGGAUUCUGGCUACAACGCGUGGCUCUCUUAUGAGCUGCUGCCGGAGGUGAGCAUUGGCCGUAGACCUUUCCGUGUCGGUUUGUACACUGGCGAGAUCAGCACGACGCGGGCCCCGGAAGAAUUGGAUGGGUCAAGACAGAUGCUAUUGGUAGUGGUGAAAGACCACGGGGAACCCCCUCUAUCAGCCACUGCCACUGUGAGCAUAUCUCUCGUGGAUAGCGGGCAGGCGCUCAAGGCUUCCUCUGGUGUGUCCAGGUCAGUGGCAAGUGCAGGGAAGGCAGCAGAGGCUCUGGAUGUGAAUGUUUAUCUAAUAAUAGCCAUUUGCUCAGUGUCCAGCCUGUUGGUGCUGAGUCUGCUGCUGUAUGUAGUACUACGGUGUUCUGCACCUCCCCAGGGUGUGUGCGGGCCAGGGAAACCAGCGCUGGUGUGUUCCAGUGAGAUUGGAAGCUGGUCCUAUUCCCAGCAGCGACGGCAGAAGGUGUGCUCUGGAGAUGGAGGUGUGAAAAGUGACCUUAUGGCCUUCAGCCCUAACCUCCCUCCGACUUUAAAUACAAGUAGCAAGGUUUUAUUCUUUGAAAAACAAAGUAAUUAG